AUGUACGUUCCUUUCAUCUCUCAGCCCCCGCGAAAAAUAUACCGUCGCAAGGGCGGCGGUAAAAAUAGCAGCAGUAGGGGAACUAGGAAGACCAGCACUAGUUCAAGUGGGAGCCGCUCCUCCGGUUCGACGCGUACUCAGUCUAUAAGUACCAGUGGGACCUCAAAGCAGGCUACUUCGUAUGGAAAGGGCGGCGGUGCUGUGUCCACUAUUCCUUCUGGGCAGCUCUUUGCUGGACGCACGCAAGGCGGAGGGACCAGGGACCAGGUGGUUGGCACGAGAACCUACGGGAGCGGAUAUCCAGGUAUCACAAGCCGCGGUGUCGCUGGGCUGGGGUUCCCAUUCUACUACUGGCCAAUAGCGUGGGGCGGUAUUGGGCUGGGGUCGGCUGCGUACUUACACGACAGCGAGUACGGACGUCCGGAUAACUCGAGUCGGCCAGGAGGAGCCAUGACCUACGCCACAUUCCCUGCAAGUUCGGGGAACGCUACGUUCCAUGUUGUGGCUGACAACGAUACCGUGGCCUCACUUAUUACGGACGUCAACAGCAAUUGCUCUUCGGUGAUCAAUACUACUUCUACAUCCAGCACGCCAAUAACGUUCAAUGACUCGGAUGCCAGUACGCCCAAGCCGGAGCAGUCUGUGCAGUAUUAUCGUGCAAGCACUGUGGCUUUGACGGUAGACGGGUACAACAAUACCGGAGCACUAGAGAAUGAUACCGCGGAUACGCCAAUACCUUCUUGGGUAGAUACCAACACGCUGAAUUGCCUAAAUUUGACGAUCGAAGCCGCUGUUCCUCUUGUGGAUGGCGCGGGCCGACAAUGGGUCGCGCCGAAUGUAGGCUUCGUGACCCUAUUAUGGAUUGUGUAUCACCUCUGUUCGUUUUUCUGA